AUGAUAUCGGCUCAAUCAUCUACAUUUUUGGUACAUUUGAUCCAGAUGAAAUUACCCUAUUUUUCCAGUGAUAUACCCUAUAUCAUCAAGCAGCAAGGCCCCCUGCGAUGCUACUUCACUUGCUCAAUGGAGAGCAUAAUUAACAUCUUCUUGGAAUUGAUAAAGUCCAAAUCAAAAGGUGGUCAAAAUGCCAGUUUUCUCAUCAAGCGAUUUGCGAUUAACAAUUAUACCAGCACGGCAAUCAGCAUCUGUGAUGAAAUCAACCUCAUUUGGCCAAAGCCAUAUGGAAGAGAGAGCUACAUGGACCUUCCUAAUGAUUCUAGUAGUGCACAUUUGUGGGAGCUGUUUCAUCAGUUUGUUAAUUUGAACGAUGAUUUGGUGGAAGGUGUAGGCGGCCCUAGUGUGAAGGAAGCUUUAUUGAAAUAUUACCAGAGAACAACAGGCUUGACUGGCCACGAGUUUGGUGACUCUGUUAUUGUUGUAGCUGCAAGUCUGUGGAUAGACUCGACUGUAUAUAUCUCAUGGAUGUACCAAAGAAAGAAAAACAAGACCAGCCGUGGCAACCAUUACGUGAUGUUUACUUGCCCCUAUAGAAACAACCAUAAUGUAAUUGUUCACAGCUGGCUCGUCGGUACAAUACAGUUCUACUUUCAGCAUGUAGAUUUCCAUGGCUUCCCACACUUUCUUGCUUUCAUGGAGGUCAUGAAGGAACAUGAUGCAGCUGGUCACAACUCAUCAGUGCCUAUCGUCAAACAAUGGUCACAAAGCACUCAUACACUAGGCCACCAAACGCAACCGACUUAUGCAGUUAUAAGUGUAAAUGAUAUUUGUCAUCAAGUUGGUCUGGUCUAA